AUGGUAACACUAUCCUAUAUAGAGGCAUUAAGGAAGUUUCGCGUUUACUUGCUGGGAUUAAAAUUCAAAAUAGUGACUGAUUGUGCCGCCUUUACCAAAACUUUAGAGAAAAGGGAACUAGCUACUAGAGUAGCCAGAUGGGCGUUACUGAUCACCGAAUAUGACUAUGUAAUUGAACAUAGGGCCGGGUCGCGGAUGCCUCAUGUUGAUUCUCUGAGUUGGUAUCCUAUGUGCAUGGUACUACACAGUGAAUUCUUAGCGCGACUGAAGAUUGCUCAGCAAGAUGAUCCCCAUAUACAGCAACUCACUAUAGAUGAUCAAACUUUCACUAAAGUUGGUGGGCUAGUAUAUGAGAUUCGUAUCGGCCAAAAUUUACUAGUGGUUUCAGGCAGGAUGCAGAAUGAGGUCAUAAGGGACGCACACAACAUUGGUCACUUUGGUAUAAUAAAGACUGAAGCCCUGAUUCAACGUGAUUACUCCAUUAGCGACCUGAAGAGUAAAAUUGGUAAGAUAGUGAAUAACUGUGUCACUUGUAUUUUGGCUAACCGUAAGCAAGGCAAGAAGGAGGGUUUCCUGCACAGUAUAGAUAAAGGUGACACACCGUUAGCUAUGUGGCAUAUAGACUUUCUUGGCCCACUGACACCAACACCGAAGGGAUACAGACACAUUCUGGCUGUAAUCGAUGGGUUUACCAAGUUUUGUUGGUUAUUCCCUACCAAAAGUGUAACGGCUCAAGAGGUCAUUGAGAAAUUGACAGUGAUGGAGGCUACCUUUGGCAACCCCGGGAAAAUAGUAUCCGAUAGAGGAGCUGCAUUCACUUCUAAAGACUUUGGUGACUAUUGCUCAGGACGAGGGAUUCGCCACAUUCUCAUAACAACAGGCGUACCAAGGGCCAAUGGUCAAGUUGAGAGACUGAAUACCAUCAUUAUAAAUGUACUGACAAAGUUAAGUCUCAAUAAGACUGAUCAGUGGUACCAUCAGGUACCGAAAGUUCAGAUGGCAUUAAAUGGGUCAUAUCAGCGCUCCAUAGGCAUGACUCCGUUCAAAUUGGUUUUUGGGGUAGAAAUGAAUCACCCAGAGUACCAGUCAAUGAAAGAAUCAGUGGAGCUUGAGUAUGUCAGGUGUCACGAGGAAGGUCAAGAGGAAAACCGGCAGUAUGCAAAGAAGCAGAUACAAAAGGCGCAGAUUCAACAGCAGCGCAUGUUUAACAAAUCCAGGAAGGAAGCCACAAGCUAUCGCCUAGGGGAUCUGGUCGCCAUCAAAAGGACUCAAUUCCUACCCACACCAAAGCUGUGCAAGAAGUUCUAA